AUGGGAGAACGGGAGAUGUUCCGGCACAGGAGCCAGGCUGUGCUGGCGAUAGCUACGGUCUUCUUCUCCAUGUUGGCUGCAGGUAAGAUCUAUUCAUUAAGUUGCUUAAUGGUGGAUUUUUGCUGUGGAAUAAGGCAGAGCAAAGCAGGGCAUGAGGGGGGAAAGGCUUCUAUUCUUUUCCUCCCCCCUCUCCCACAGAAUAUUUCUUGCAGGAACACAGAAAGAGUUUUUAUACUGAGUCAGACAAAUGGUCCAUCUAUCUCAGGAUUGCCUACACCAAAGGCUCUCCAAGGUUUCUGGGAGAAGGACAUUCUUAGCCCUACCUGGAGAAGCCAAAUAAUUGAAACCAGGAUAUUCUGCCUCCAUAGCAGAUCCUCUUUGGCUGAUCUGCCAGGCAACCCAACCCGCCCAGGACCAGUGCAAGCAAUGAAAAAUAAUGCCAUUGCCAUUGUCUCCCUCCUGCAUCUUGUACUGGGGGUGGAGGAAGGUUGUGUGGGGAUUUUGAUCUCCUCCACUCCGUUCUAUAGGUGAACGGAUGGAAGGAAAAACCUGUGCACCACCAGGCAAUACCUUUGUUUUACUAUUUUUGGUGUUUGCUAAAAACAUUUUCGUUCCGGCAAGUCUAUCCAGGCAUACAGAAGUAGAUGUGUGUUUUAAGCUCUUUUAAAGCUCAACUGCUGAUUUGAAUUACAUUUUGAAUUUUCCAAACACCUCUUUUUUAACUUUAAUUGAUAAUUUUAAUGUUUGUUUCAUUAUUUGCAAACCGCGUAAAGGUUCUGCUUACAAUCAAAAGGUAUAUAAAUGUUGUAAAAAUGAACAAACAGAUGACUUGCGCUCGCUGUGGUAUCACGGUGGGUAUAUGCAAUCCCACGCUCAUUACUAUUGGCUCCUGCAAAAGUUUCAGGGCGAGGCAAUUAGUAAGGGGGAGUCAGAGCCAAUGGCCGGCAAAGCCAAUCAAUUUUAGUUUUGGCCCCACCCUCCUUCCUGCCAAAUUCUACCUAAGUUAGUCAUGCCCAUUAAUUUCAAUGAGUUUACUCUGGGCUGACCCACAAUUCCUCUUGUUCUGCAGCUUUCCCUCGAGGGGAACCGCUCUUUAGUGCAUAAUCGAAGCAAAUGUCAAUGGAUUUUCUCAGAUUGACAUUUGCUCCAAUUUAGCACUAGAGAGCGGGUUUUCCCUGAGAAAGGAGUGGGGCAAGGGGAAAACUGCUUAGACUCGUGCUUUCCAGGCAUGGGACAAGGGUGGAUAAGCCCUCUGAGUUGAACUAGCAUUGGACACAACCCCCAUAGGCCACUCCUACAAUGUAAAUUCAAAAUAAAAACAACAGUAAACCAUAAAAUAAAGUUUUAAAAUACAAAAAAAUAGAUUUAUUGCAGAACAUAACAGGAUCAUUAUUUCAAUAAACAUUAGUAGGACGCCCCUUGGUUAAUUUGGGUAGGAGUAAUAAAAAAUGAGGAAAGAGUGUGAGGAAGUCUAACAAAGUUCUGAUUUCUUCCCUAUCAUGGCUACUUUUAAUGCUUUUUUAGAUUAAAAAAUGUCAAAUGUAACCCCCCCUCCCAUAUCGUUUUUGUUAGCCCUAAGCACAAGCUUAGUCUGCCUGCUGAGUCAUCCAGCGCUGAACACUGUUAAAACACUGGAAUAUAGAAAAGCAAUUAUAAAUCUACAAGCAGUUUGAAAGCAACCAGCAACUGCUUCUCCCUCCCCAGAGAGGAAAUAACAUGGAAGUCUUGGGGUCACAUCCUGUGUGCUGCCUUAGCAGUGGCAGAACCCCACCUUUCAUACUAUCAGUGUUCAUGGUUUUUGUUUGGCUAAUCUAUUGUUUUCACCCUUUCAGCCAACAGCCUGCGGUGCUACCAGUGCGUGGGGAUGUUCCAUGAAUGCGUACAGUCUGAGCAGCUCUGUACGCCCAGAGAUCGCUCCUGCUUCUCAUCCACCAUCAAGCUCUUCUGUAAGAGAACAAAAAAGCACGGGUCUCCUCCCAGACCUAGAGUUCUCAGAGUCCUCUGUGAAGAGGGAUUGACUGUUAAACCACUCUGGGAAUUGUAGUUCUAGGAGGGGAACCAAUGGUCUUCCUAACAGCUCUUAGCACCCAUGACAAACUACAGUUCCCAGAAUUCCUUGGGGGAGGACUGCUUAAGUGGUAUAAUAGUGCUUAAACUGUAUAGUGCGAAUGUGACCUACAGGCCCCAUCAUGCCUGGCCAUUGGCCAUGGUGUCUGGGACUGAUGGGAGUUGGAGUCCAGGAAGUUAUGGAGGGACAUAGGUUCUCCAUCUCUGGUGAAGACGUUGGGUUGCCCCCAAGAUUGGGGGGGGCUGGCACAUGAGGUGUACAUGUGAUGUCACACAUGUUGCACAUGUGUUAUGAUGCAUGUGCAAGGUACGCUUGACACAGGAGGCUGAGUGCUCUGGAGGAGCCGACUGCUGUGCCUGUGACACAUGUUGUGUGCCACGCAUGUGGCGCAUGCAGGGGCACCUUAAGACUGAGGGGGUUCGGUCCCCUCAAAACAAAUAUUGAGGGGGCCAAGGUGCCUUUGGCUCUCUAGAGUUGGCACGCCUGGUGUGAAACGUUCUGGUAGAACAAACGAAAGAAGCAACUCUGCCUCAUUUGAGCCCCAGACCGCUUUACUGAUCAUCUGCCUCCCAAUUGUCUUCCAGAUACAAACAACUACUCUGGAGUUUUUAUGCUGCCAGGUGAGUCACACUGUUUGCAUGCUUGCUUGUUUACUUAAUGAAAGACACCGAGGCUCAAACCUGAGUGUUGCCCUUUCCUGGCAGGAUGUUUACACGACUGUUUAAAGUGGUAUCAUAGUGCUUCAAAUGUUAUCGUGCGGAUGGGAUACCUAAGUAAACAUCCUGACAUGGUGAGGAGCAGAUGCUUCAAGAACUUUCAUGCUAUGGUGCCUUAUUUCCUCCAGGGCUAAUGGCUCUAAAUGCACUGAUCUGGCUGUUUCUCUCUGUAUUUCCAAUUCCAUGCAUUUUAUGUCCCCAGACCUGGAAAUAGCUGAAUACGUCAUGAAAGGCUGCUCUGGGGAGGGCGUGUCCAACCGCACAGCCAAUGUGUACUCUGAAGAUGACCGAGAGGUGCACAAUACUUACUACUGUGACUCAGACCUCUGCAACAUCCGUUUCACAGGCGGUGAGUGGGGAGAAGCAAAACCCUUUGGGGAGUUUUCUUGUGGGGGAUAGCAGGUCCGGAACUCAGGACCGCAAUACCUGGAGGACUGCCUCUCCCCAUAUAAACCAACCCAGACUCUGUGCUCAUCACUUGAGGCCCUUCUUCAUGUGCCUCCUCCAUGUGAGGUCAAAUAUUGAGUCACAACGUCUGGGGUCGUAUCCUGAAACAUCUGGAGGUGUAGCCCCAAACAUCUGGAGUCGAAACAACUCACAUCCUCCUCAAUGAGAUCCACUGUUGUUAUUGACCUCUAAACUGAUGCAGUAGUGCUUGGAUCUGAGAAAGUGAGGAAAAUUGAAUAAUAGAGGGGAGGGAAAUUUGUUUAAAGCAUUCUGUUUUCACUUAUAAGUGCUAGGAGACAGAAUAUCAUGCAAAAAGAGACCCAAAGCAUUAGCUUAGAGGUGAUGAAAUCAUGGCUAUUGAAGGAAAUUGAGAUUUUUUUUUAAAGACAUGACAUUCCAGCAAAAGUGGGGCUUACUUAGUCCAGGGCACAGAUUUGAGUUUUAUCUAGCUACAAAUUUAUUUCCUGAUGUACAGAGUUAAUUGGCUACUGUUGGGUUAUUCACAGUGGUUUCAUGAGAGAGAAACCCUACUAGGACUGGAACAUGAUUUAUUUCUCAAGUAAGUUUCAUUUGUACGAUGUGCAACAACUUGCUUCCUGUGCCCUCGCUAAAAAAUACGUACAUUAAAAGCAGUCAGCUGUUUAGGGAAGUUUUUAAUGUUUGAUGUUUUAUUGUGUUUUUAAUAUUCUGUUGGGAGCCGCCCAGAAUGGCUGGGGAAACACAGCCAGAUGGGUGGGGUAUAAAUAAUAAAAUUAUUAUUAUUAUUAUUAAUAUUAUGCUUUCAUUUUAAUUGGGUGUUUUACUUAAAGAUAUUGAAAACCGAGUUGCAUUGUAUGUUGGAAUAUGACCUGGGAUUACAAAUACAAUACAAUACAAUACAAAUCACACAGUAAACUCCCGCCCUUCUCUGCCUUUUCAGUUCCGGCCAGUUCUCCCCAGCUGCCCAAUGGCAUGGAGUGUUACAGCUGCUUCGAUCGAGGCACUGGAGAGUGUGCUCUAGGGAAUGCCACCCGGAUCAAGUGUUUGGGGGACAUGAACCAGUGCAUGGAUUUUACUGGUAAGCUGGGGCCUCUUUUGGAAUAUGUAUAUCGGAGGCUAUUGAAAGGACAGAGUGUGAAUGGGAGGCUGUUGGGGGUGGGGAGGAAAAAAGGAAUGUGAAAGUGGUUUGGGAAUCAUAGAAUCAUAGAAUAGAAUCAUAGAAUCAUAGAGUUGGAAGAGACCACAAGGGCCAUCAAGUCCAACCCCCUGCCAAGCAGGAAACACCAUCAGAGCACUCCUGACAUAUGGUUGUCAAGCCUCUGCUUAAAGACCUCCAAAGAAGGAGACUCCACCACACUCCUUGGCAGCAAAUUCCACUGUCGAACAGCUCUUACUGUCAGGAAGUUCUUCCUAAUGUUUAGGUGGAAUCUUCUUUCUUGUAGUUCGGAUCCAUUGCUCCGUGUCCGCUUCUCUGGAGCAGCAGAAAACAACCCUUCUCCCUCCUCUAUAUGACAUCCUUUUAUAUAUUUGAACAUGGCUAUCAUAUCACCCCUUAACCUCCUCUUCUCCAGGCUAAACAUGCCCAGCUCCCUUAGCCGUUCCUCAUAAGGCAUUGUUUCCAGGCCUUUGACCAUUUUGGUUGCCCUCCUCUGGACACGUUCCAGUUUGUCAGUGUCCUUCUUGAACUGUGGUGCCCUGCUUACAAUACAUAUUGAAAGUGCACCAAGUUGGCCAAAUCCUGCUUACUCCCUGCACCUUGUAGAUCUUUGCACAGAUGUGUGCUGCCCCCGCUAUAUAGGAAACAUGGGUGUAUGUUUGUGUGUGCAGACUUUCAAAGUUUUGAUAUAGUGUUAAGGAAUUAGCCCCCCCUCCUCAAAAAGGAUGUUGCAUUUGCUGGGAAGGAAUUUAUUAGCAGCAGGGGUUAAGGGAUGCGCUUUGAGGAUGUGGGGAGAAUUUGUCAUAGGGUGAGAGGAUCAUGAAUAUGCAAAACAGGAGUCCCACGACCUUUUGGUACCUGGUGAUGGGGGCACAUUUGUAACUCUGAGGAACUGUUGUGUGCACCACAAAAUACACAUUUUGCAGAAGCAAAAUGGACAACACUCAAGAGCAAGGGCCUAGGAAUGGCAAUUGGCUAUGCUGCUAUGCUGUCACAGAAGGUAUGUGGCUGGCAGACAGGUCUCUGGCCUCCACUAGCAGAGCUGCUCUGCACUGAAGACCUAGGCAGGUGAGGAAGGCGUUUGGGAAGCAAAGGUAGAAGCAGCUGGGCCCUAGGAAAUGAAGAGGCAGUGGACUGAGGAGGAAGCAGCAGUGCCUAAUAAUAGAGGGAUGGAAGAAUGAGUGGUUCAGAGAAAGGAGGGGAAGAGGCAAAGGCUGGAGGGAGGAGGGGAAGUGAGAACUGGGGAAGAUGAUGGGCAAAAAAGGAAGAAACAAACCACACACAAUGGCCAGGAGAGCCUUUGUCAGCCUGGUGUCCUCCUGAUUUUUUUUGGACUAUAACUCCCAGCAGGCUGGGGCUCUUGGGAGUUGUAUGUAGUCCAAAGCAUUUGGAGGUCACUUGGUUGGAGAAGGCAGGCCAAGAGCCUAAAGGAAGGCUGAAAUUUGUACAUUGGCUUGUAGCAGGCAGGUAAUGAAGCCAUAGCCAGUUCUGAGACCCCCUGUUCUAAGAUGUUUGCAGGCUGCAAUGUGCUAUCCUUAUAAAUGAAUGUUGCUUCCCAGUGACCGAUGGUGCCUGGAAAAUGACCUACCGGACGUGCGGCCUUGAGACACUGUGCCGCCGCCAGUACGUACUCCCGGAGCUCUCGGGAAGGCUGGACAUCAGCUGCUGUUCCACCCCACUGUGUAAUGAUGGCCGGCCGGGACAGAAGAGCAUCUGCAGCCACUUUUCAGAGCAAGGUAACAUUUGUGCCUUUGCUGGAUAUAUUGCAGAUAUUAACAGUGUGCAGCUUGAAGCAACUGGAUACAUAAAAACCAACCCCUUUUGAACAUGAAGCAUUGUCCAGACUCAUUAGAUAUUAAUCAAACCUUUCCUUGCCGAACUUUCUUCUAAACAGAACAGAAACACCAAACGAUACAUCCAAACAGUUCCAUAAGGCGUAUGUCUGUCCAAGGCAUAGGCUCAGCACCUUCCAAAAUAUGACUAAUUUCAACAGACCUAAAAGCUGAGGUCUGUCUCUCCCCGCAGCCUGCAGUUUGCUGGAGGCUGCUUACCUGGAAAGCUUCAUUUGCACCCUUACUCUCGCAGAGCCUGAGAGCAAAAUACUUCAGCCACCACCCUUCCAAGAUGGCGAAUUUGCAAUUCAACACCUCUAGUGUGAUCUUAGGUUAAACACUCACAUGUUAGCUAGCAGAAAACAACAGUGGUUAAUAAUCCACUCAUCAAGGCAGCAGAGAGCCCCUUUUGCUCUUAAUUUAGCCUAGCAUACUUCAAUGGCAUCUUCCACUUAACUUUUUCACCAAUACACACAGCCAUUCCCAUUUCAGUGUGAAUUAAAUCAAUUAUACUUAACAGGAUAGUGACAGCAAACUGGCUAGAACAGGAGGCUUGCUCUUUGCAUCCAUGCAGACUGGCCCUGCUGUCCUGAAAUUGGCUUCUAGGAUGGACUGGUGGUGGUGCUCAGACCUAGGUUUGGAGGGGUGGUCCUCAGGCACAGAGGCCCCGUAACUUGGAAGGAACUUAAGGACACAGGAACCUCUAGAUAUUGUUGGACUCCUACCGACCCCCACCAGCGUGGGAUGAUGGGAGUUGUAGUCCAACAACAUUUGAAUGGUCAAUGAGUUCCCCUGCUCUAAGUCAAAACCCAGUUUCCUCUUUGUUUCCCAGGAGUCAAGCGGAAGCCUGAAAAUGGCCUGGAAUGCGCCAGCUGCUGUGACUCCGGACAAGGGGAAUGUGCCACAGGGAACUGGACUCAUGUCAAGUGCGUUGGGGACCAGAACAUGUGUGUGAAUGUCACAGGUGAGCUUUAUGUGUGUGUAGGUACUAGGAAGCGGGUGGAAUUGAGGUGAUGCCAUUAGAGAUCUUAUAGUUAUGCAAUAAUAAUACAGUGGAACCUCGGGUUACAUACGCUUCAGGUUACAGACUCUGCUAACUCAGAAAUAGUACCUCGGGUUAAGAACUUUGCUUCAGGAUGAGAACAGAAAUCGUACUCCGGCGGCAUGGCGGCAGCAGGAGGCCCCAUUAGCUAAAGUGGUGCUUCAGGUUAAGAACAGUUUCAGGUGAAGAACGGACCUCCGGAACAAAUUAAGUACUUAACCCGAGGUACCACUGUAAUAAUAAUCUGGGAUGCACUGCAACAAUCAGUGCAGGUUUCCUUUAUGAGAUUUUCAUUAAAGUUUUUCAUAAUACAAUAAAAUAGUGGCUACAAAAAACUACAAAUAGAAUAAGUCAAAUACAGAGUCCUCUCUUAAAAAUAAUUAUUAGCCCUUACCACUCACAGAAGACAGUAGCUCAUGACAGCUCUCACAGGGGAUUUUUCCAUUCUCCCCCUCUGCCUCUCAUCCUGGGAGACCAACCUUUCCCUAUCUCUCAGUCAAGGCCCUCCAUCGGAGACCUACCACCCCCAGGAGUAUGCUAUCUCAGGACCUUAAUAAGGGCCCCAGAUGUACAGUAGGAAUCAGUCCAGAUUUCCAUGCAUUGCCUUUCUGAUAGAUCUACUAUUUUUGGUGCACAUAAAUGGGCAAACGAUUCAGAGGGCUGCUCUAAUGUCUUCUUUCAGAGCAAUCUUAAGUUGUGUUUUCCCUGAAGUUCCACUGUACGCAACGUAAAUUCUCUUGAAACGGAAGCACCUUGUUUUUUUUCAAUGUUCCUAAAUGGUCAGCUUUGGUGCAGACAGUGGGUACAGAGCUUCCCCUUUGUGCUGUUUGGGUGGCGGCAGUCUGCUGGAGACUGGGACUCAGUUGCAGAAAUAGCAAUGGGUUUCCAACUCACCGCAAGUCCUGGGCUGCUACACCACUGACAGAUUCCAGCCAGAUAAAACCACUAGACGAGAGUUCAAGCAGGACCAGUGAGAGGUGUGGAUUUUGCAAGUGGCAUUGCCCUAGGGCCAUAUAGAGAGGCCCAGGGGGCCACAAUCAACCUGUGGGCUUGAGGUUCUCCACCCCUGCAAUAGAGGAUCCUCAUAUAGACUUCCGGGGUGGCGCCACCGGCAAUGGCGGACUCCCUCUGAACUGGAGGGACUAGCUCCGCGGGAAACGGGUCUUCUCAGCUACGGCGAAGCGGGGACCCUUUUAAAAAUCACAGGCGGAUGAAGCCUGUGACCAUGGGACUCGGCGGGCACCAUUAGCGCCCCCCCAACCCGCUAAGGAACCCACUAACGGGCUCCGAAGUGAAGAGGGGGAAGUGGCGCGGUGCUGUGAGUCAACUGCUAUUUCCGUGGAGCGAAGCCGCAUAGCCGUUGCCGGAGAGCGCUGCCUUUUCCUGGGACAAUUUGGACUUUAAAAUAAGCACCCGUGAGUACUUAGACUUUGAACAAUUGGACAUCAAAUAAGGACUAGCGAGCAGAAAAGAAUUGGAUUUUAAAAACUUACUCUAAUUUGGUACGGAACGGGAAGGUCUAAACAGGAAGUCAGCCUUCCGUUCUUUUGUAAACAGAAUAAAGCAAAGACAAUUUAAACUAGAGCUCAGAAAAUCGUCUUUAAAGGAUUGGAUUUCACCAUUUAAAAUUGUGGAACCCCCCUUCGACAGCAGGAGAAUCUUUUUGGACUGUUUAAAGUGACUUUAAAGUAAAGUAACUUUCCUCCGUCCUGAUCCUGGAGCGGGGUGUCAGGACUGACGUUUGAAGUUCAUUGACCAAAGACAAGUGUUUUUGACAGAUAGCUAAAAGAAGAGAAACAUAGUGAUUCCACUGUUCCCCUUCGCAUUUUAAAGGAAUAUAUAUUGACAAAGUAUCUCAAAAAGGGAAACUUUGUUGCAAGAACAAAUAGAAGUUUUCCCUCUAGGGGGAGUCUGUGAAACUGUAACCAACUCCAGGGAGCCGGCAGCUGUUACAGAUUACAACCGUGGGAACAGGCAUCUGACCUUGCAGGACAAUGUAUUCAGAAGCUUUGUUGUGUGCUCUCUAUAAAACAAAUGCCCUACUGGAACAAUUACAUGAGAAGGUGAAUUGGAUGGCGACUUCGACUAGAAAUUUUGAACAGGCAGUGGGAAAUUUUGAACAGACAGUGGGAAAAUAUGUGGAGCCCACUCAGGAAUUAAAUCAGGAGUGUGUCUUGACAGAACAGGCCCAACAGGAAUAUGAGUUUUCGGAUUUGACAAAUGAACUUGGAAAAGCCAGAUUUGGAAAGGAAAAGUUUGGUUUGGCUUGGAAAUGGGGGGCUGGAUUGACCCCCCUAUGCUGGGACGUUUGGACUUUUCAAAUAUGGCAAUGGGCCGUGAGAUGUUUGGGUUUGUGGGGGCUCUUAAUUUUGGAGGGUCUUUGAAACAUGCUUUUAAAUACUACAUGGAAUUCAGUGUUGAAUAUGGAAAAGGGGCUGAUCUGUCGAGAAGGGUUAAGAACAUUGUCAAGCUGGAGUUACCACGAGCAGGAGACAAGGGAAAAUACAGUUACAAAUAUGAAAAAGAGCUGCGGAAGGGACAUGGAAGAGACUUGAGGGCCUCGGAUAUAAGGUUGCCAGGUUAAUGGGCUAGAUCGACGGGAUAAUAAGGACUGACAAAACCCGGAACCAGGAGGAAGGGACGUUGGAUGAAGAUUGGAUUUGUUUGUAUCUCUUUUCUCUACCAUUAGAACUGUUUUAUAAAAUUGAUGAAUGUUAGAAAAAUGUUGGAAUGAAAUUACUUGGCUUUAGCAAAGAUGUUUAAAGAAUUAUGAAAGAAUAUUAUGGUUAUGAGAAGUUGGUAAGGAUAAGAUUUAAGUUUUAAGCUUUAAGGUUUAUUUUAUUAUAGAAAGAUAAGAUUAAAACAGUUUAGGGUAAUGUAAUGACAGAAUAUUAUGAAACAUGGAAAGGAUUUGCUGGGAUAAUUAAUAACUAGGAUACAAAGAAAGGGAGGAGGAGGAGGUCUAAGAAAGAAGGCAAUGACAGUUAAGGAUUUGAAAAUAAUGAAUUUGUUUUUAAAUGUUUUUAACGGUUUGUGAUGUAUUUUUGUAUUUUUCUUUUUUUCUGUCACUUUUUUUUAAUUUAUUUUGAAUUUUUACUCAUAUGGUGGGAAGGGUUUUUUUUCUACUUUGUCAACUAUUUUUAUUUGUACUUUCUUUUGCUUCUAUUUUCUUUUUUCUUUUUUGUAACACUUUGAAAAUUUCAAUAAAUAUCUUUAAAAAAAAAAAAUAGAGGAUCCUCAUAUAACACCAAUCCUGAAAGACCUACAUUGGCUCCCAGUACAUUUCUGAGCACAACUCAAAGUGUUGGUGCUGACCUUUAAAGUCCUAAACAGCCUCGGCUGUGUAUACCUGAAGGAGCGACUCCAUCCCCAUCGUUCGGCCCAGACACUGAGGUCCAGCUCCGAGGGCCUUCUGGCGGUUCCCUCACUGUGAGAAGUAAGGUUACAGGGAGCCAGGCAGAGGGCCUUCUCAGUGGUGGUGCCCGCCCUGUGGAACGCCCUCCCAGCAGAUGUCAAUGACAUAAACAACUACAGUGGUACCUUGGGUUAAGAACUUAAUUUGUUCCGGAGGUUGGUUCUUAACCUGAAACUGUUCUUAACCUGAGACACCAUUUUAGCUAAUGGGGCCUCCCGCUGCUGCCGCUGAAGCAAAGCUCUUAACCCAAGGUACUAUUUCUGGGUUAGCGGAGUCUGUAACCUGAAGCGUCUGUAACCUGAAGCAUCUGUAACCCGUAUCUGUAAUCUGUAUCUGACUUUUAGAAGACAUCUGAAGGCAGCCCUGUUUAGGGAAGUUUUUAAUGUUUGAUGUUUGAUUGUGUUUUUAAUAUUCUGUUGGGAGCUGUCCAGGGUGGCUGGGGAAACCCAGCUACAUGGGCAGGGUAUAACUUACUACUACUACUACAUGAUCUGCCAGUCCCUCUUGUGCCUCUAUACUGGAUGUCUCACCUGUGUUUGUUUCUAGAGGAAGGCCAGACGUUGCUGCGUGGCUGCAGCUUGGAGAAGCUUUGCUGGGAGAAGCCACAACUGCUGGGCCUGAGCCGGAACGCCUCCAUCCGAUGCUGCUCUGGCUCCCUCUGCAACCGCAGCACGGAGCUGACCUCGGGGACUAUGCUGCUGCGCUUGCUGCUGCCCGCUCUCCUGAUGACGAUGAUGCGGCUGCUCUGA